AUGAUUAGUGAUAAUUUUAACGGGAAAAAUAAUCGAGGGCGUGAAAGCAUUUUGCAUUCUGAUCGCAAUGCAUCGUUUGUUUCUUAUGGAUCGGUUUCAGACAAUCAAAAAAAGUCUGACAGUGCAGAUGUAACAACUUCUCUCGCUCAGUCGAAUGGAAAUAAUUGUGAUGUAAACAAUAACAGACCUUCUGGUACUGCAGUUUGGAAAGUGCUUCCUGCACUUUUAUUAGGCAUUAUUUUGUCUGCUCUGGAUAAUACCAUUGUUGCUUCCACAUAUACAAAGAUCGGUGCCGAGUUUGGAAAGUUUAAUGAAGUAUCUUGGGCAGCUACUUCGUACAUGAUAGCAUGUACAGCCUUCCAACCCUUGUUUGGACGAUUUUGUGAAAUAUACGGAAGAAAAUCUACUCUUCUAUUUGCUUAUUCCGUCUUUGGACUUGGUUGUUUGCUUUGCGGCUUAUCCCAAUCGCUUUAUCAGCUUGUUAUUGCCCGUGCUAUUGCAGGCAUUGGAGGAGGUGGUAUGAACUCCACGGUCACAAUUUUAAUGAGUGAUUUGGUACCUUUAAAGCAGCGCGGAACAUACCAAGGUAUUAUAAAUGUAUUUUUUGCAGUUGGCUCUAGUUUGGGAGGACCCAUAGGCGGUUUUUUUGCCGACCAAUUCACUUGGAGAUUGGGAUUUUUUAUUCAAGUUCCCUUGCUAGUAGUUGCAUUCCUUUCGGUCACCUUUUUUCUUCAUCUUCCGCAUCAUAAUCGAGAAAGUUUUACUGAAAAGUUUUCGAGAAUUGACUGGUUGGGUCUUCUUCUUUUAAUAUCAGGUGUCUUUAAUAUGACUUUUGCUUUAACCCUCGGAGGAAACACUCGACCAUGGUCCGAUCCUUUAGUCUGCACGCUUAUUUUAGGAUCAUUGAUCUCUUAUUCUAGCUUUUUAUAUGUCGAAACCUAUGUUGCCGAAGAGCCUUUAGCCCCUAUAACUGUGCUUAAAGACAGAACAUGUCUGUCUGCCUAUCUUUGUAAUUUUUUCCAAAGUUUGUCUCAACUAAGUUGGAUUUAUUCCUUGCCAGUUUAUUAUCAAGCUGUAAUGAACCAAAGUACCGAAAAAUCUGGCGUUUGGCUAAUUCCAAUGAUUGUGGGUUCAAGUAUCGGUUCCUUGCUUGGUGGAAUUGUGAUAAGUUUGACCGGAAAUUACAAGAGAAUUACCGUAUUUAGUUACUUCCUCGCAUUCGCUGGAGCUCUUUGUAUGUUGCGAUAUGGUUUAGAUACCCAUGUUUGGGAAUACAUCUUAUAUCCCUUUCUAGGUGGUUUGGGUACCGGUAUUUCUAUAACAACAACGCUUGUUGCCAUUAUUCAUGCAUCUCCUUCCGCCUUACAAGCUUCUGCCAUUGCUACUUCAUACUUGUUCCGUUCCAAUGGAUGCGUUCUCGGUGUCUCGAUUUCAACAUCCAUCAUUCAAACUUCUUUAAAACUUCAGUUAAAGAAAUAUAUUAACUAUGGGCUGGACGAACUCAUUCACCAAUUGCAAAAAGAUAUUUCGUUUGUUCAUACUCUUCCUGAGCAAAUCCGCAUUAUUGUCAUCCGUGCACUUCUGACGAGUGUGCACUAUACCUUUUUGUUCACGUCUAUUUCCUUUUUUGUUGCAUUAUUGAUUUCUUUGCUCAUUCGCAGUCAACAAAUCUAA